AUGUUUAGCACGUUAGCAGCAAUCAUCUACCUCUACUACUGCGUCUUGAGGACAGUGACCUCGCUGGAGAUAGACACCUCGGACGGCGGCUAUACGAAUCUUGUUGUCACCAUCGACAAAGAUGUCCCUUACAACGAGUCCAUUGUCGAAAACGUCAAGGCUUCCUCUUACUCGUAUGUGUUUGUCCACGAGUGGGCCCACUACAGGUAUGGUGUGUUCGACGAGUUCGGUAGCCGAGACGAUGACGAGUACCCGCUGACCUACUGUGACAGCAACAAGGUAAAACUGAAUUCUUGUUCGGAAAGAAUUCGUUUCACGGCAACAACUCCGACAGGCAAUAACUGCAAGAUAAAUAAAAACUGCCAAUUCCGUCAAGACUGCCUGAUUCGAGUCUUCAAGCCACGGAACAGCACUGUCGAAUCGUCUGUCAUGUUCAUGCCCUACGUGAGCAAUGUCAAUCACUUUUGCGAUAACGUCAAGAGAACUCGCAAGCACAAUUCGUUUGCACCGACCAAGCAAAACAGGUUUUGCAAGGGCAUGUCCGCGUGGGAAGUGAUAAGACAAAAUGAAGACUUCAGAAAGCGGCCGCAUCUCUACCUGACCAAUAAAAUUAGGACAUCAUUCGGAGAGGUUAAGCGCGACAGGCAUCUCCUCCCAGUGGUCGUGCUGGUUCUUGACGUCUCUGGUAGCAUGAGCGCCAAAAAGCGCCUGGACUUCCUGAAAGAAGCGGCGAAAAGGUACAUACGGGACAUACCUGACGACACUGUGCAGUUGGCGAUAAUCACGUUUGAAAGUGUUGCUCAUCUGUCCAGCCAGCUCAACCGCGUAAACAAAUUCACGCGUCAAGAUUUCAUCGAAGCUGUUGAUAAAUUGACGCACCUUCAUGAUACUUGCAUAAGCUGCGGUCUUGACCUUGCCCUAAAGCAGCUAGGUAAAGGAAUCAAUAACUGUAAACGAGGCGACGUGUUCAUCCUCAUGAGCGACGGUGAACACAACACGGGCCUGUCUAUCGCCGAUGUCAAGCCUAGGCUAUUGGCAGCCAAGGUGCAGGUAACCACCAUAGCGUUGGGACCUACGGCGGACAAUCAACUUGAAGAGCUGGCCCUUGCUACAGGGGGCAAAGCAUACGCGUUCCAAGACCUUCGAGGUCGCACCAUCCCCAGCAUUGAGGAGGCUUUCUCGGUGGCUACCAACGUUCAGCUGAAUGAACAUGCCCGUGUCGUGAUAACGAGAGAAGAAAUAAAUUUUACUGGCCAGGCAAACAUCAGUUUCGUAAUAGACGCCAGUAUUGGCAGAAGUACGACAGUGCACAUUUGGCGCGUGGAACGCGACAGUGCCUUUAUUGAUGCGUGGCUCUCAUGUCCCAAUGGAUUUAAGUGUGACGCAUGCAGCAACGACAGAGCCGGGCUCACUACGACCAUCACUAUUCCGGACUUCGCAGAGACUGGGACGUGGACGCUUCUCAUGAAGAGCCCUAGCUCAAGCGUGAUGGGUCUCUACAUCGAAGUAAAAUCGCAAGCGAGAAAUGCGAGCGAGGCACCGAUUCGUGUCGUUUGCGAAGUGACCACGCCGUUGGUGCACGUCCCGGACCUUGUGAUUUACGCUCACGUCAACAAGGGUGACAAGGUUGUCCUGUACGCUGACACCGUUGCUGAAGUCUUGGGCCCGAACCUGCCACGCCUAUCCACGACACGACUCCGUGAUGAUGGCUGCUACCCUGAUAUCACUGCGAACGAUGGAACGUACAGCGGCUACUUCACUGCGUACACGGGACCAGGAAGGUAUGCCGUCAUGGCUCGUGUUCAGAAUAAAAACACGGCAAUACUCGCUGAUCCCGUGCUUGGCCCAUUCGGCAGCCCCAGCAAUACCGUGCUGCACUCAGAUGACGGAAUCGGCGAUCAGUCGUCGUCAGAAUAUUUGAUUGACGACUUCGACCUGUUUGACUCGAGUGACGAAUCGCCUACUAUGGUGAAGACGUCCAAUAGAGAGAAGUUGGAACCUUUCGAAAGGACGGCCAUUGGAGGAAGCUUCCAGGUUGCUGCAAACAUCUACGAGAAAGAUUUACCGCCCCUGGGCGUCUUAGACCUCCGUGUCACCUUCCUGAGGCAAGGGGAAAACGGCACGCUUCUGGUAAACGUCACGUGGACGUGUCCCGGAGCACACUUGACAUCAGGAAACGCCUCCUUUGCAGAGAUCCGCAUCGGUAACGACUACGAAGAACUGAUUUCGAGCUUCGACGAACAAACUGAAAUAACAGAUGCAGACGUCGUGGAUGGCAGUCUCACCCCUUUGCCAUCCUGCGCCAAGCAUGCAGUCACCGUCUUACUACCAGCCACCUUCUCUACGACUCGUGCAGAUGGUGAACUCAUCUACAACGCCUUCCUGGCGGUUCGCUUCGGCAACAGCGAAGGGCUGAAAUCUAACAUUUCUAAUAUAGUUCGCGUACAUCACGUUCCUCCGCCACGGAUACCAACUGUCGAUGGCGUAAUCAACAAAUUAGAUAAGGAAACCGUUCUAUGGUGGAUAUGGAUGUUCGUCGCGGGCGGGCUCGUCGUCUUCGCUGUGCUAACAACUAUGUUGGUGAUUGUUCUAAUGAAAACGAACCCACGCAAGAGCGACAUAUACACCAUCUUUGCAAGGAAACGGCAACAAACGGGACAGGAUCCGGCCUAGCACUGCGUACAAUUAAACAUUUAUACAUGCACACCAGUGUUCAGCUGCCCCACUACGCAUAUCCUCCUUAAGUCAUCUUGCAAGUUGGUUCCUUGUAAUACAGACUGGUAUGUUAAGAACGGUAAAAACCAAUUUUUUGUCUACAUUCCAUUGUUAAUAAGGUCAUUUCGCGGUAUUCGAAACCCACUUCGUGGUUGCUUUUCGUCGUCUGUGCCGACACAACAUAUCCUACAUUAAAUUAGGGUCAACUUUCUCAAAAUCUGGCAUCGAGUAAAUGAAUAAGCUACUUUCAUAAAGCUCUGCACACAUCUGUCAUCAUAUGCGUGGUAAUCGCUUCACAGUUACUUUUGAGAAGCACUGAAGGCAAUGCGCAGUAUAAUGUGCAAGGGGUCUGAGAAGGAUAUGAAAUGCACGUAAUAUUUGACUUUCGGACGCUGAAAUGGAUCAGUUUUUUCUGUUAAACUCUUAUUCUUAUCACAAUGAGUUCUGCGGUAGAAAAUAAAUAUUCACAGCAACUUUAGACCCUGCAGAAUGCUUCCGGACCCCUGCGAAAGAAAAAAAGGAAAAUGCCCAAGCACAGUUCACGCAUGAAUUGAAGCUUGUAUUUAAUUGCUCGGGCAUUCAAAUGCCGCACUCUAAUAUAUCGAUACUUUUUUUGCUGACGUAGCUAGACUUGUGCUAUAUCAUAAAUUCCCUCCCUCUAUAAGCGACAGGCGGCUUCCUGGUGCACA